CGGCAGAAAGACCAAGGGACAGGAGGAGGCAGAGGGUGUGAAGUCAGGCCUCUCAGGGGCAAGAAGGAAAGCAUCCAAAGCCAGCUGGUCUGGCUUUGAAGUACAAAAGAGAGAACGAGUGAUACAAAGAAGAGAGACCGAAAGAUAAAGAGAGGAAAUAUAUAGAUAUAGAAAGUGAAUCCUUGCAGGAAAAAACCUGAAGACCCUUUACAGCAGGUUCUGUGAAGGCAUUCGUGCAACAACUCAAACAGGACAUUUUUCCCAAGGAGGAGAAAUCUGCAGGAAGCUUAACGCGAGUGAGGGAAGCAUUGAAGGCUAAAAGAAGAGACAGACAGACAGACAGACAGACAGACAGGAGCUGGAUAUUCUUGGUCCGAUAAAGAGGUUAUCACUACUUUGAUAGUUGGAUUGUGGUGUGGUCACGAAAACGACAGAGCCAGAGAGAGAGAAGAGAGAGUGUUGUACAAUGUGCUAGGAGAUAAGGAAGAAGACGAGCUCGGUAGUUUUUCUGAUAUUCUUGAGGUGUCAGAGAGACCGAACAGAACGCAGAGAUGGGACGGAAGAAGAUACAGAUCACCAGGAUCAUGGAUGAGAGGAACAGGCAGGUUACCUUCACGAAGAGGAAGUUUGGGCUAAUGAAGAAGGCCUAUGAGCUCAGCGUUCUAUGUGACUGUGAGAUAGCCCUGAUCAUAUUCAACAGCUCAAACAAACUGUUUCAGUAUGCGAGCACAGACAUGGACAAGGUCCUGCUCAAAUACACUGAGUACAACGAGCCCCACGAGAGCAGAACUAACUCUGACAUUGUCGAGAAAUUAAGAAACAAAGGCCAUAAUGACCUGUGUGCCAGUCCUGAUCCAGAUGACUGUUUUGGGCACAGCCCCCUCAUGGACGACCGUUUCGGCAAACUAAGCGAAGAGAGUGAUUUAAUGUACAAGCGCUGUGGUCCCACAGCGCUGCCCCAGCAGAACUUCUCCAUGCAUGUGGCAGUGCCAGUCUCCAACCAGAACACCAUGUCCUACAACCCAGGAGGCUCCAUGAGCAGCCAGGCCCAGGCAGCAGCCUCUCUGAGCGACAGUGGGAUGCUCUCUCCCGCUCAGGCCUCCUUACACAGGAAUGUGGGCUCCAGUGGGGGCCAGCAGAGGCCCCCUAGUCAAGGCAAUGCAGGGAACGGCUUUGUCAACCCUAGGGGCUCUCCGGGACUCCUGGGCGCAACCAGCGGGAACGGCCUGGGGAAAGUCAUGCCCACCAAGUCUCCACCGCCCCCUGGAGGGAACAUGGGGAUGGGCAACCGCAAGCCAGACCUGAGAGUGCUGAUCCCCCCGUCCAGCAAAGGCAUGAUGCCCCCACUGUCGGAGGAGGAGGAAAUAGAUUUGAACACCCACAGGAUAAGCAGCUCCCAGUCCCAGCUACUCGCCACCCCAGUAGUGUCUGUCACCACCCCCAGUCUGCCCCCCCAAGGCCUGGUCUACUCAGGCAUGCCCACCGGCUACAACACCGAGUACUCCCUGAGCAGUGCAGAGAUCUCCUCCCUACAGGGCUUCGGCUCUCCAGGGCUCUCUUUGGGCUCCAUGUCGGCAUGGCAACAACAUCAACUGGGCCAGGCAGCUCUCAGCUCUUUGGUGGGUGGUGGUCACCUACCUCAGGGCUCCAACCUCUCUAUCAACACCAGCCAGAACAUCAACAUCAAGUCAGAGCCCAUCUCCCCACCGCGGGAGCGCGUCACCUCCUCUUGCUUCCCCCAGCAACAACAGCAACAGCAGCAGCAGCAGCAGGCGUCCAGCCGGCAGGACCUGGGCCGCUCGCCUGUGGACAGCCUCAGCUCCUCCUGCAGCUCGUACGAUGGCAGCGACCGCGAAGACCACCGGCCGGACUUCCACUCCUCGUCCAUGGGGCUGGGCAGACCCCCAGCCGGAACCGAGGACAACAGGGAGAGCCCCUCUGUCAAGCGCAUGCGCAUGGACACCUGGGUGACAUAGAGUCACUCAGUCAGGCCUCCAGUCACCAGCUAGUCAGACGGAGGGAGGGAGGGGGUAGACUUGGGGGAGAGAUGGAUGGGGUAGGAAAGGUCCUUAUAGUUAUCAUUAUAAUAUUAUUAUUUAACUCCAUUUCAUUUUGUAAGAAGGAGAAUGGCAAAUAAAUUAAAUACGUCUCACAUUAAUAAGAAAAACAAUCAAGUAGUUGGACUGAAUUAUGUACACAAACAGAUGUUAUCAGGUACUGGGUGCGAAUUAGAUGUUUGCAGGAGUCUGAUGUUCAAAGAAAAAAAAAGAAGAAAAAACCGAAUCUAGAUUAUUGUAGUCACUGGUCUAGUCUGGCACUUGUAGUUGCUGUUUUUGCUGUUGUGGUUGCAAGUUACAAACAAUCCAAAAAGUCAAGAGUGUUGCCUGCUGGCUGAGGGCCCCUGCUUGUGGCGUCCACUGUUAGAGCUCAUGUUUCACUACAUGGUGUAACCUCAUACGACUUUAAUCUCAUACAACUUUGUCUCAAUUUGUCUCUUCUAUGAACUUAUUAAAUCAGUAGAUGUGGAAUCAAAUUUGAAAACAAUUUGGACCUCAGAGACUAAAAAGAGUUGUAUUUCAUUUGAAAGAGGUUUCCCUUGUGUGGUUAUAGACAGGAAAAGCUAUCCUGUAUGGGAAGGACAUGGCUCAGAGUCAUGUGUUUAGUUCUAAAAUAAAUAGGAAAAAGUAUAUUGCAAUAAUAACAUUAAUUUUAUAAUCUGAUAUAUGGGACAUUAACAUUAUGGGAAAUUGUCCAGUUGAACUGGUAACAUGGUAAUAGCAAGGCAUCUUCUCAUUGCUCCAACAAUUCAUUGGUAAUGUAAGCCAAAGCUGUACUGUACGUUUCUUUCUGUUAUUUGUAGCUAUGUUUUCCUAGCAAUUCUCUCAAACAAUUGUUCAUUUUAGUUUUGUUUUUACUGUGCUUUGUUACAAACAUUAUAAAGACAUGCAAGCCAGAUCUUGAAUCAAUAUCUCAAGCCAUGAACACUUGCUGUUCUGUUUGUUAAAUUAAACAUUUGAGCCAAACACUUUCUUUUGUUAUGUAAAUAGCAACUUUAAUAUAUAUAUAUAUCACCUUGGUGUAAGUACGUAUGUAUUGUACCAUCACCAGAUUCAAGAAAAAGGUAUAUUUUUGUGGAUUACUGCCAUGUUUACAGGGCGAGAUCCUUAUUAAGUAGAUUAUUCACUGGUUAAUAUUUACUAUUUUGUUAAUUAUACUGUACUUUCUUCAAAAUUGAAUUACUACCAUUAUAGUCAGUGAUUUUCUUUUCAGAGAGUAGUUUUUUGGGUUGUUUUCCCUUUAAUAGUGUUGAAUGUCUGUCCUUAAGAAAUUGUAAUAACAGUGAUGUAAGGUUAAAGUUCCACUAUAUCUUAUGUUGUGAAGGAUAAUCUCAACGCUGAGGAAAAUAUGGUUUAGGGUUAGGCUAUUUACCUGUAGCUGCUGAAUACACUGUCAACUUUCAAACCCAAGGUCCCAUCUCAGCAUUGAAAAACCAUCCAUUGUGAUUGUGCUUUGCUCGAUUGAAAGACAUGCCAUUUCAUGAACCAUGCCAAUAAACCUAUUUGGGUCGCUCCACGAAAAGAGUGCCUUUUGCGUCACUUUGAUAUUUGAAGUAGAAAUUGUGCACCAAUAUUGCAUUUUAAAAGCCUGUUAUGUUAAAUUAAGUGCACUUUAAUAUACACUGAGUGUACAAAACAUUAAGAACACCUUCAUAAUAUUGAGUUGCACCCCCUCUCCCCUUUUGCCCUCAGAACUGCCUCAAUUUGUCAGGGCAUGGACUCCAGAGGGAUGCUGGCCCAUGUUGACUCUAAUGCUUCCCACAUUUGUGUCAUGUUGGCUGGAUGUCCUUUGAGUGGUGGACCAUUCUUGAUACACACAGAAAACUGUUGAGCGUGAAAAACCCAGCAGAGUUGCAGUUCUUGACACAAACCUGUGCGCCUGGCACAUACUACCAUACCCCGUUUAAAGGCACUUAAAUCUUUUGUUUUACCCAUUCACCCGCUGAAUGGCAAUGAUACACAAUCCAUGUCUCAAUUGUCUCAAAAUCUGCAUGUCUGUCUCUAUUGUCUCAAAAGCUGCAUGUCCCGUGUCACUUCAAGGAAGAUUUUAACCCAUUUAAUCCCAAAAUCUGCAUGUCCCGUGUCACUUCAAGGAAGAUUUUAACCCAUUUAAUCCCAAAAUCUGCAUGUCCCGUGUCACUUCAAGGAAGAUUUUAACCCAUUUAAUCCCAAAAUCUGCAUGUCCCGUGUCACUUCAAGGAAGAUUUUAACCCACUUAAUCCCAAAAUCUGCAUGUCCCGUGUCACUUCAAGGAAGAUUUUAACCCAUUUAAUCCCAAAAUCUGCAUGUCCCGUGUCACUUCAAGGAAGAUUUUAACCCACUUCCAUCGCAAAAUCUCUCCAAGUUUCACCAUCAUUGUAAAGCCCUAGUUAUUUCAUUGCUUUGACAAAGUCAUUCCUGGAGAUGAUUUAUUUCAUGUGAUAAUGAUUCAUUUACUACAUUCCUUUAAGGUCAACCCAGUUACGGGAACUGAAUAUGGUGAAACUAUUAUUUUUUAAAUAUAUAAUUUUUCAAAAUAAAUAUUGGUCGAAUCAUACAGUAAAAGCAGGUGAGCUGGUUCUACUCUUUUUGGCAAUUAUCUGGUGUUUGGUGGUGGAAAACUGAGUGGGUUGAGCAUUAUACGUCAACCUUGUUACUCAUAGAUAGACAGGCUAGAAUUAUUAUUUUAUUUUUUAAAUGUGUGUGCUUGCAUUCAAUUGCCACUCUCUGUUGCACACAACAAGCUUCCAUUCCCCCUGUCACGAGGGGAUUUAUGGCUGAUUAGUUUUUAGUUUUAUUCAGAUUGUUCAGGGUUGCUGCAGGACCCUCAGCACCCGUAUUUCCCACACUUCAUUUUUUUAUUUAACAUCUUGAGAUGGGAAAACUAGUUUAUGAAGUUGAACAUAUGCUCUUUAUGACAGAAUGUAAAAAGUAGGUGGAAUCAAUUUUUUUUUUACCAAGUUAAUACUUCUCAAAAGGCACCGAAUUGGUGGAACGACCCAUUUAUGGUUAAUUAAAUGAUCCAUUGAUGGAUCACUCUCUGGUGAAAAUGUUCACACUUAUGAGUAAAUUAACUUGCAAACGUUGUAAAUAGCAUAGCCUAAAUGUAAUCCUCAGUCAUGAUUAUGUAUAAAAUGAAUCCGUUUUAUAAAUUGGCACAGCAAAAUACCCUAUGUUUGAGGCCCAUCACUAGUAGGAAAUGAACAACCCUGAAAUCAUGAUCCCAUGAGUGUGUAGUACUGGUGAGUGGCAGCAGCCAUUUUCUGUUUCACUGUUGUAUAUUUGGCUGUGUGGGCAUAUCAGACCAUGCAAGCCUGUACGUCAUUGUCUGUUACAUGUGGCCUUGGCUUGCAUUAUACCCCAUCCUCACAGUGGUAAAGUGUCAGACAAUUCAGCAGCUAAUACAUACUAGAGACAAUGCAACAGAAUAGACUUGAUCCGACACUGCUGGAUUGCACACAUUUGUAUGAGAAGUUUGCUGUACAAAAGGAGUAUCUCUUUACAUUUGCUAUAUUUUCCCUUGUGUGUUUCUCCUCCACGCCUGUCUCCGCCCCUUCAUUUGAUCCAUAGCAGUUGGCAAUAAGCCAAUAGUGAUCUAUGCAGUUUCCAACUCAUACUCUGCCCAGAUGCAGACCCUUAAAAAAUGUCACUUAAAGGGUCCAAUCUACUAUUAAAUGUUAUUGCAUGUCCCAUAGAGUCGGGGAGCUGGAUAACCAGUUGCACAUAACAUUUUAUCAAUGUCUACCUUUUUGAACAAAUGAUUUUCCUCAGUCUUGAUAAAUUCUGAAUUAUUUUAGACAUGCAUAAGAAACACAGCAUAACUGAUUUAAUAUCCAUUUGAACACAUGUCAGGUUACAGAACAGCAAUAAUACCAUUACACUAUUCCAACAAGACUUUAGCAGUCUUUUUUUCUUCAUUACAAAUGACAUGCACACUUUAGCACUUGAUAGGACAUCAGGGAAUUUUUCUAGCUUCACUCUUUAUAUGCACGGUUAGAAAAUAGCCUUAUCCCAAAGAAUGACUCAUGUUAUACAUCAAGAAAAGCCUCACAUAGCUCCAAACUAACGCCGCUAACAUACAUUACAGAACAUAGAGACUGGUUCGUCUUUCCCACUCUGCCCUCCCGUGAAGUAAGAUUCACACAAGGAAUGUGUAUAGAGAACGUAAAGUGAUACACUUGCUCUUUUGGUCUAUGUGCUGUGUAAAAACCUGCACAACUAUUGAAUGUGAAAGAACAGGAUUAUAUCAGACAACGGAACUUUGUUGAAAGAGCGUUCUUCACUUUGCUGUGCAAGAGUACACUGCUUUGCUGUAUGGCUUUUAUAAACAGAACUAUGUAUUUGGUAAUUGUUUGUAGUUAAUAGUUCACUUCAAGAAGCUGUUUGCGGUUUGGAUGCUCAAACCGUUUGGCGGCACAAGCUGGACUUUGUUGCCAUGAAUGAAACAAAAUCAAGAGAGAAUUUUAAGUUGAUCUGCAUUUUAUUUCCCUUGAAUGUGUUGUUUUAUCUUCAUUAUACAAUAAAUAUUGUAGUGAACUUUU